GAGGGGGGACAGGAAAAGCCAUUUAUUUAUUCCUGAAAAGAAAGGAGGUGGGAAAUUAAAAAGCUACUAUACAGCUAGACAUACGUAUUGUAAAGAGAAGGAUGCUUUGGAAGACUCUGCUGCUGCUGCUGUUCUAUUACAGUGCUCAUGCCACUGUGACCCACAGAUGGAGCAGAGCUAUGCUUUUCCCAGCUGCUCAGCGAUUCAAGAGGUCCUCAGCUGCCUUCCUUAACCCAGUGCUACAAAACUCGCUGGAAGAUGUGGUCCUGCUUUAUGAGUUUCUUUUAGCUGAGCUUGACAUUGACAAAGGUCAGAGGAUCUCCAUCAAAGAUGAGGAGCUCGCUUCACUGAGGAAGGCUGCUGAGUUUAACACCAUCUGCAACGAGAUUAUCCCCAAGAGCAUCACAGAGAUCCGCAGGCUGACUAGCAGGCUGUCUUCCUACCCAGGGGUCCUCAAGAAAGAAGACUUUGAAAGGACAGUGCUGACCAUGGUCUACACGGCCUACAGGGCUGCUCAGUCCCAGGGGCACCAGAAAGACGCUUGGGCUGAAUCCUUUGUCAAUCUUUACAAAGCCCUGAAGCACGACUUGAUGUUCCCAUACAACAAAGAGCCAUCAUAGUGGGAGACUUGAUGCAACGGCAACUCAGCCACCUCUUCUGGUUGAUAAGGGACACAUGUAGCACGUACUCCACUU